AUGCUCCGAAAGUUCGUGUCAACACUGGGCCCAUUGCGAGAAACGACAGGAAAACGAUUUUUUGAGAUCUACCGACACGAGCACACAACAACAUCAACUCCAUCAACUUCUUCAACUUCUUCAACUUCUUCAACACAUCCAUCCACCCUUCCAACCAUCCCAACGACGGAAGAAGAGCAUUUACAGCAAAGAGACGAUCAACACUCGACAACAACUCAAAGGCCUUCUUCCGAUUUCUACGAUGUUCAACCAUCUACUUCCCAAAGACGUGACGAAAUUGCACAGCGGGAGCACCUAAAGAAAAAGCUCGGCGUGUCGCAGUUUCGAAAAAUUCUCUACACACCCGAGGAAUUGGCCAAAUUUGACCUAUCAAAGCCUCCGUCACGUGAAAAUCCGCAUCCAUUCACUGCUGAUCAUCUCCCGCCGACUUAUUCAAGAGCUCUAGCGCCACAUGUCAAUGGAUCUGUGGCAUUGCAAACACUAGUCGAAUUCGGAGUCGAUCUUUUCGAGGUUGACACAAAAAACCCGAGCUUGGGGCGACAUUUGGUGCGACUCGAUUUGGAUAGAGAUUUGAAGCCGCGUCUGCAAUGGAUCGUCAACGAGAUCGGCUUGGAUGUGAACGAUUUGGGCACGUAUUUGACGAGGAAUCCAUUCUUUUUAAUACAGGAUCUAGACGAUAUGAAAGCUCGCGUGAACUACUUGGAGAUGAAAAAGUUCAAGAAGAGACAGAUUAGCAAGAUUAUAAACGAAUGUCGUUAUUGGAUCAACGUUGAUGUGAAGACGCUAGAUGAACGACUUGGUUGGAUGCAAAAGGAAUUUCGGCUCACAGGUGACGAGAUGCGAGCGCUGAUCACAAAAGAACCACGGGUUAUUCAAUUUGGCAUCGGCGCGCUGGAAAGAAUGUCGAAGCUCUUCAAGAAGGAAUUAAAAUUUCAUCCAAAACAGGCAAAGAAGAUUUUGCUGAAGGAUCCCCGUGUCUACAUGUUGAAUCCGAAAAUCUUGAUUGAGACGUUCAUCUACGUGAGUCGAGUGAUGAGACUCUCGAAUGAAACGAUCACCGAGUAUCCGCUUAUUUUAAGGUGUCAUUUGAGUGCAAUUCGGAGCCGACACGAAUUUCUGAAGAAACUCGGACGAGCCUCGUACGGACAAAUCGAAGAGAAUCCCGAAGUGGACGAGUCGGCAACGAUUCUGGAGGGAUCAAAGGCCCCAUCUACUAGCAAGGACAUUGUGCCGGUCGUGGAUCUGCUCGAUUUUCUCUCACCGUCUGAUCGAAUUUUCGCAAAUCGAGCCGCCAACACCUACCUCGUGAUCUACGAUGAAUUUCUGAGACAUGCGAUUACUCCAGUCAAAUCUGUUGAAAGCCCCUCGUCUCCUUUUCGCCUCAAAUUCGUCAUUUUCAACGUCACUUCUCCCAAAAGGGGGUCUUUCCUAUGUAAACGCCAAAACAUGGCCAAUUUCGAGUCGGUACUUCCACAGGGAGCACUUUGCUAUAUUGAUGGUAAAUGGGUAUCGGCGAAAUCGGGUGCCACAUUCGAGGUGAGGAAUCCCUACUCGACCGAAUUGCUUUUCAACACGCCCGAUUGUGGGCUGGAUGAUGCGAAAAAUGCAGUGCAAGCGGCUCGAAAUGCUUUUGAGAAAUGGUCACUUGAGACGACGCCAAAGCAACGAUCGGUGAUCCUGCAGAAAUGGUUCACGAUUAUGCAACAGAAAGAAGACAAAUUGGCCGAGUUGCUGACGAGAGAACAGGGAAAACCGCUGGCCGAGGCACGUGGCGAGAUCCAAUAUUCGGCUUCGUUUUUCGAGUGGUACGCCGGAGAAGCGAGGAGAAUCUACGGACAGGUUGUUCAAUCAUCGGUGCUCAAUCGGGAACACGUGCAUGUGAGGGAGCCGAUCGGUGUCGUCGUGCUCAUCACACCGUGGAACUUCCCGACGGCGAUGAUCGCACGUAAGGCUGGUGCGGCGCUGGCGGCUGGAUGUACCCUUGUGGUGAAGCCAGCGCAUGAGACCCCAUUGAGUGCACUGGCAUUAGCACAGACAGCAGAAGAGGCCGGCCUUCCGCCCGGUGUUUUCAAUGUGCUCACCACUGGGCACGAGAAUUUACAGGGAAUCUCUCGUUAUUUAUGCGAGUCAACUGAUGUGGAUGCGAUCUCGUUCACCGGAAGCACCGGAGUUGGGAAACUCUUGUUGAGUCAAUCAGCUUCAACGGUGAAACGCGUGUGUUUGGAGUUGGGGGGAAACGCGCCAUUCAUCGUCUUCGAGAGCGCCGAUUUGGAGAAAGCUGUUAAGGGCACAAUGUCGGCGAAAUCACGCGGCUCUGGCCAAACCUGUGUGUCGGCGAAUCGAGUCUUCGUUCAUGAAAAGGUGCUGAAUCAAUAUGUGGACAAAUUACAAACCGCUUUGGGUCAAUUGGUGACCGGCGAUGGACUCGAUCCAAAAACCACUCAGGGACCGCUGAUCAAUCAACGGGCUGUCGAUAAGGUGCAAUCUCUUGUCAACGAUGCCGUCGAGAAAGGCGCCAAAGUGGUUUUCGGAGGGAAACGCGGAAAAGCCACGUGUUAUCAACCAACAAUUAUCACUGGAGUUACAAACGAGAUGGAAAUCGCGCAAGCGGAAAUCUUUGGCCCGAUUGUUGCCAUUCAAACAUUCACCGACGAAAAAGACGUCGUCAGCCGCGCGAAUUCGACCCGUUUUGGUCUAGCAGGUUAUAUCUUCUCGUCGGACGCCUCGCAAAUUCACCGGGUUUCACGGCGCUUGCAAGUCGGCAUGCUUGGAGUCAAUGAGGGACUGAUCUCUUGCUCGGAGGCGGCGUUUGGUGGUGUCAAGGAGAGUGGUUUGGGCAGAGAGGGUGGCGCUCAGGGAAUCGACGAGUUCACACAAUGGAAAUACAUCUGCACUCAAUAC